AUGAUGGGUGCUGAUGACGAUACAGGCGUCUGUGGCUUUCUUUGGCCAACAUGCUCUCGUCUUGUUCGGUGCCAUUCAUCAGACAAUUCAUGUCGUCAACCGAAUACCAUUUGUGUUCAUCACCCUCAAUGUGAUGAUUUUCCAAUUUGUUACCCGGUUACAAUGAUUGAUUACAAGAUGUGUCCACCAAUGAAAAAUAAGAGCAUUCUCAAAUGGAAACAAAAUGCCAUGACUGUGGCUGGUGGAAAUGGAGCAGGACAAGAACUAAAUCAACUCAAUCGCCCUGUUGGAAUCUUUAUUGAUGAAAGGAAAAAUAUUUUCAUUGCUGAUAGUGAGAAUCAUCGAAUUGUUGAAUGGAAAUAUAAUGGAAAAGAAGGGCAAAUCAUUGCAGGUGGAAACUGGCAAGGAAAUCAAACGAAUCAAUUGAAUGAGCCAACAGAUGUGGUUGUUGAUCAAGAAAGUCAUUUGAUCAUCAUUGCUGAUGGGAGUAACAGAAGAGUAAUUCAAUGGUUGAAUCAAAAGCAACAAAUUCUCAUUCAUAAUAUUGACUGUAAUAGCUUGGCAAUGGAUAAAUAUAGAUUUAUUUAUGUUUCUGAUUAUGGAAAGAAUGCAGUGAGACGAUGGAAAAUGGGAGAAUACAAUGACGAAGGAAUUGUAGUGGCAGGUGGAAAUGGAGAAGGAGAUCAACUCAAUCAAUUCAAUCAUCCAGAUUUUAUCUUUGUUGAUGAUGAUCAAUCUGUUUAUGUAUCAGAUUUGAACAAUCAUCGUGUGAUGAAAUGGAGAAAAGAUGCAAAAGAAGGAAUUGCUGUGGCUGGAGGAAAUGGUGAAGGAAAGCAUCUUAAUCAAUUGUCUCAUCCCGAAGCAGUAAUUGUUGAUGAUUUGGGUCAAAUCUACGUGGCUGAUAGUGAGAAUCAUCGAGUAAUGCGUUGGUGUGAUGGGAAAAAUAAAGGUGAAAUUGUUGUUGGUGGAAAUGGUGCAGAAAAUCAAUUGAACAAUCCCAUGGGUUUAUGUUUUGAUGACGUAGGAAAUCUUUAUGUUGCUGAUUGUUGGGAGCAUCGAAUUCAAAAAUUUGAAAUAAUAUUGUGA